AUGGCUUCACCACUCCCUUCCAACGCCCCGCAAACAAGCAUAUCGCCAGAUAAUGGUGAGUAUCUGAUGAAAUUUUCCAUCGGAACUCCCCCGGUAGACGUCUAUGGUAUUCUUGACACCGGCAGUGACCUUCUCUGGGCUCAAUGUCUUCCCUGUCAACGAUGUUACAAACAGAAAAAUCCUAUUUUUAAUCCCUCUUUUUCGUCUUCGUACAAUUUUCUAUCAUGUGAAUCGAUUCAAUGCCAUUUAUUAGAAACAGUCUCUUGCUCGUCUGAGCAAGCAUGUAACUACACUUAUGGCUAUGGAAGUAACGCAUUAACCGAAGGCGUUCUCGCCACAGAAACAAUUGCUCUCGGCUCAAAUAUCUUCAACAACAUUGUUUUCGGAUGCGGACACAACAACACUGGAGGAUUCAAUGAAAAUGAAAUGGGAUUAGUUGGAUUAGGAGGAAGAAACUUAUCACUCGUUUCCCAAAUCAGUUCUCAGCUCGGAACAAACAUUAAAUUUUCUUAUUGCUUGAUCCCGUUUCAUGCAAACCCUAAUUUCACAAGCAAGAUCAAUUUCGGUAGCAUAAGCGAAGUUUCAGGAUCCGGUGUCGUUUCAACUCCUCUAGUUCCCAAAGAUGACAAGACUUAUUACUUUGUAACUCUAGAAGGAAUCAGCAUUGGAAAAAAUUUCAUCCCUUAUAAUAAUUCAUCGUCGCAAACGGUUUCGAAAGGAAACGUGUUUAUCGAUUCCGGCGUGCCACCGACGCUUUUGCCUGAGGAUUUUUACAACAGAUUAGAACAAGAAGUGAGAAAGGCAAUCAAAUUGACACCGUUUCAAAAUCCGCAGUUGGGUUCACAACUUUGUUAUAAAAGAGCCACCAUGGAGGAUAUUGCACCGACUUCAGCUGCUCAUUUUGAUGGUGGAGCCGCCGUGCCAUUGGUUUGGACUAGCAUUUUUAUUUCUCCCAUGGAAGGUGUGUUUUGUUUUGCCAUGCAGCCAAUCAGUGACGAUGUUGGGAUAUUUGGGAACUUUGCUCAGUCGAAUAUUUUGAUUGGUUUCGAUUUGCAUAAAGGGAUUGUUUCUUUUAAGCCGACUGAUUGUACUAAACAAUAG